AUGUAUUUAUCCAUAUUACGUUGUUACUUUAUUAUAUUUAUUGUUUUAAGUUUAGAUAAGACAGUUAAUAGUGACUGCUUUAAUUCUCAUGAUUAUUUUUGGAAACAUCUUGCAACUAAAACUCCUUACAGAUAUGUGGCAAAUAAUAAUAACUCUCAGAUAGUAUUUGAUGGUUGUAACCCCCAUAAAAUAUGGGCAGUUUUACGUCAUGGUACUCGUUACCCUGGAGAAAAAUUUAUCAAUAAAGUUAAUGUAGACCUUGUAGAAAUACAACAGUUAAUCAUAAAAAAUUUUGAUGACAAUAAUAGUAAGUUAUGUCCUGAUAGUAUUAAUAAAAUAAAGGAAUGGUCUCCACAAAUGAAUAUAUCUAAUUCAAAAAAACUUGCACAUGAGGGAGAGGAUGAAAUGAUUGAAUUGGCAGAAAGAUUUCAAGAAAGAUUUCCUUCACUUUUACAAAAUGAAUAUUCUAAUUCAACUUUUAAAUUUAGAAGUACGGCAACUGAAAGAACCGAACAAAGCAAGUACUAUUUUUUGAUUGGAUUGUUUGGUAGAAAAGUAGCUCAUCAUGUAUGGUCACCUCAAUCAAUAUAUAAAGAUCCAACUUUAAGGUUUUAUAAACUCUGCCACAGAUGGCUGAAAAAUAUUUAUAAGAAUCCAAGAGCUUAUAAUGAAGCUGAAAUUUUUAAGACAUCACAAAUUUUUGAAAAUAUUCUCGAGGAUAUAGCUGACAGGCUCGGUUUCAAAGAUCUUACAUUUGAUGUUGUUGACAUGAUGUACACAGCCUGCGGUUUCGAAAGUGCCAUGAACCGUGAAACGUCACCUUGGUGCUACGUAUUUACCGAAAAAGAAAUGAAAAUAAUGGAAUUUUCAAGAGAUUUAAAACAUUAUUGGAUCGACGGUUACGGUCACAAUAUUAAUUUUCAACAAGCGUGCCCAAUGGUGAAAGACAUGUUGACACACAUCAAAUCAGAGGACGGUCCAAGAGCAACUUUUUAUUUCACACAUUCUGGAGCCAUUCUUAAACUUUUAGCUCAUCUCGGUUUGUAUUACGAUGAAAAAAGGUUAACGCAUGAUAGAUUCGAUCAUCCUAGAUUGUGGAAAGUUGGUUACAUUGAUUCGUUUGCCAGUAAUUUGGCAAUCGUAUCUUACAAGUGUGAUGAUGACAAAUUAAAAAUAUUAGCAAUGCAUCAAGAGCGUCCAGUCAAAUUACCUGGUUGUCCAGCAGAAGGUCUUUGUCCGAUUGAAAAACUAAUGAAAACAUAUAAAAAAAGUUUUUACAAUUGUGAUUUUGAAGAAACUUGUAAAAUAUCCACACAAAAUUUAUAA